AUGUCUAAUAUAAAUAAAAUUGAUCCAAGACAUGACAUUCAAAUCUAUAAAGAGGACACUGUAGUAAAUAUGAAGUUUAGAAAACUUACACCUAUUGAAGAAAAAAAGAUGGAGAGACGAACUGAAGAAAACAAAAUUAUUUUUGGAAAUCACAAAGUGCUAAAUGAAAAAUCGUUUAUAUCUAUGACCAACAUUGACGUAGAAACGUUGAGUCGUCCUUUUGGGAUGAUAACUAAGCUAAUGGACUAUCAAUUAUAUGGCAUAUCGUGGAUGAAAAGUAGAGAAAAUAGUUUUAUUAAAGGAGGUAUAUUGGCAGACCAAAUGGGGAUGGGAAAAACAAUACAAACAAUAGGUUUAUUAUUAUUAGGAAUGAAUACAGAUAUCAAUCUUAUUAUUGUACCAGCCAUUGCAGUAAAUCAAUGGAUAGAAGAAUUUGAAAAACAUGCACCCGGUAUGUUUAAUGUUUAUAAAAAUCAUGGCCGUGAAAAGCUUACUGUUGAAAAAUUUGAACGUAAUUUAAAUUCGAAAAUUGACGUUAUUCUUACAACUUAUGGAACUGUCGAAAGCGAUUAUAGACGAAAAUCUGGGUUUUUAUAUUCUAUAGAUUUUACAAGAAUAGUUUUAGACGAAGCGCAUUCUAUAAAAGAUUCUAGAAGUAAUACUAGUACUGCUAUUUCACAUCUCAAAGCAAACUUCCGAUGGGGUCUUACUGGUACCCCUGUACAAAACAAGGUUGGUGAUUUGUUUUCAUUAGUUAAGUUUUUAAAGUUAGAUCCUUAUUCAUAUUAUUUUUGCAAAAAAUGUUCAUGUAAUUCUAUGUAUUGGCUUAGAUACAACGAAAAAGACAAAUUUGCAUCGAGAGGAUUUUGUGUAUGUGGACACUUUUCGGCUCAACAUUUUGGGUGGUGGAAUCGUAAUAUAGCAACGCCAAUUAAAGAAUUGGGAUUUACCGAAGAAGGAAAAGCUAUUUUUGAUAAAUUACAUAUUUUUACGCAACAUAUUAUUUUAAGGCGUACUAAAUUAGGCAUUGAAGCAGAGUUGGGGCUGCCGAGUAAAGUCGUUUUUAUUGAAAGAUUAUUUUUUAACGAAAAAGAAUUGGAUUUUUACACUAGUUUAUAUUCGAAUACGAAAAGCAAAUUUGACGAAUAUAAUCUUAGAGGAGAGGUAGUUAAAAACUAUGCUCAUAUUUUUGAUUUAUUACUUAAAAUGAGACUAGCUGCUAAUCAUCCUUAUUUAGUGUAUAAAAACAAUCAGAAUGUCUUAAGUGAUUUACCUAUCUGCGGGUUUUGUAAUGAAGAAUGCGAUGAUCCUAUUAUUUCUAAAUGUAAACAUAUUUUUUGUCGCGAAGAAGCUAGAAUGUUUUUGCUCGAAACUUCAGAAUGUCCUGUAUGUAAAGUUAAAAUAACAAUUGAUCUAAAUCAAGUAUAUGAAUAUAAUAUUAAGACACAAUUAGAUCCGACAAAUUGGACAAGUUCUACAAAAAUUGAGUUUUUAGUUCAAAAACUAACUGAGCUAAAUACUAAUAAAAAUAAUUUAGAAAAGAGUAUUGUAUUCUCACAAUAUGUUAAUUUUUUAGAAAUUUUACGCUGGAGGUUAGAACGUGCUGGAUUUCGAUGUGUUGUCAUUUAUGGAAAUAUGCCUAUUAAUCAGAGAAAGGCAGCAAUUGAAAAAUUUAAUACUGAUCACAAUAUUACCGUAUUUUUAAUAUCUCUAAAAGCUGGAGGGGUUGCAUUAAAUUUAACUGAAGCCAAUAAUGUAUUUCUUAUGGAUUUAUGGUGGAAUCCUGCAGUCGAAGAGCAAGCUAUGGAUCGAAUUCACCGUAUUGGACAACAUAGACCAAUUAAGAUUCAUAGAGUUAUUAUUGAAAAUUCUAUAGAAUCAAAAAUAUUAGAAUUACAAAAAAAGAAAAAGGCACUUUUUGAAUCGUCUGUAGAGCGUAAUUAUGCUGCAGUUGAGAAAAUAAGCGAGGAAGAUUUACAUUUUCUUUUUAAUUGA